AUGCCUAACCAUGUUGUCCUGGCAUCAGGUGCCGUAGUCGCCGUUUCGGUCGCUGUCGCCACCGCUGUUGCCAUCUUCGAGUCGCCUGAAGUGCGAAGAUACGCCGACGAUGUUCGCCGCAGGAUAGCUAUGGCCCUGCACCAUAUGGGUGAAGGCAUCGAACCUCCCCAUCGCGAGCCAAGAUUUAACAGACCUGAGGAUGCCGAUGGGUUUCUCGAGUCUCGUGGUGGUGCUGAGAACGGUGUCGACGCCGACGAGGAAACUCGCCGAAGACAACGUGAGGAAUUGCUCUACUGGAACUCGGUCAUGUUAGAGAAGCAAGAGAAGGAUCGAAACGAAAAAGACGACACAAAAUCAGCUAGCGAAUUAUCACGACGAGGCUCUUCUUUCGACGAUUUCCUUCGUCAGGAUGAUGGUGCUGAAAAGGGAACAUAUGUCUUUAACACUGGAGCUGAUACCCGAGCUACUGAUGAGGGUCUGCGACGUCGUGGCGAUGGUCCCCGCGGUUUCACUUCUCUCUACACCAACCCUUUUGCCGACGAACACCACAUCGGCCAGGACGAGAUUAACGAUGAGCCUGAGCAGCCCCGUCAAAUCUCUCCUGCCGCCGAUGAAGUUUCCGAUAUUUACAGCGCUACUACCCAGGACAAGGACGAGCAGAAGCCCAUUGCCGCUCUCAUUGAUGCCGACCCCACCCCCGCCCGCUCCGAGUCUGCCUCCACCGCCACCCUUGAGCGAGAGAUCGGCGUUGACGAAUACAUGACCGCCGGCCAGGAGAACCGCGAUGAGGCCUACGCUUCCAUUCAGGCCUGGGCGCAAAAUGCCAGCACCGACUUUUACUCACCUCUUCCCGUUACUCCUUCCGCUCCCAUGUCCGAGCCUGAGAUGAUCAGCGACGAUGGCAUGUUGACUCCUACCGAUUCUGUUUCUCUUGUUGGCUCCGGCGAGGAUGUCGCCAACGAUGCGCAAUCAUCUCACGCCGGCGAGACUGGCCGACCCUACGAUGUCAUGAGUGAGAGCUCUGGCAUGGCUACACCUGCCAGCUGGUCUGAGGUUGGCAGCGUUAUCAGCGAAAGUGAUGCUCCCGUUCCUGUUCGCCAAUAA